CCGCCGCUCCUCAUCCUCGACGAGGCCUUCGACGGCCUGGACGAGGCGUCGCGGGACGCGCUCGCGGCCGCGCUCGCCGACGAGGCGCCGACGAUCGUCCAGGUCGCGCACCGCCUCGAGGACGUCGAGGCCGUCGCGCCGACGAAGGCCGUCGUGCUCCGCGGCGACGGGUCCGCGGCCGUCGGCGACUGGGACGCGGUCCGGGGCGAGGCGCUCGCGGUCCUCGAGCGCGAGGGCGACGCGGUGAAGACCGCGCCGCCGCCGCGGCCGGACCCCAAGUCCGUCGGCCGCGGCGCGCGCAAGUCCUGGGGCCGGCGGAGGGGCGCGUUCGACGGCGAGCCGUCGCGCGAGGUCGUGCGCUUCGACGGCGUCUCCGUCGACUACGGCGGCCGCCGCGUCUUCCCCGGCGGCCUCUCGUUCUCCCUGCGCGCGGGCGAGUGGAUCGCGGUGACGGGCCCCAACGGCUGCGGCAAGUCGACGCUCGUCGACCUGAUCACGGGCGACAACGUUUUAGGGUUCCGCCAGAACCUCACGCUCUUCGGUCGCCGAAAGGGCUCGGGCGAGUCCAUCUGGGACGUGAAGCGGCAGAUCGGAUUAUUAUUUCCGCGGUCCCACGAAGACUACCUCGCCUACGCGGACCCCUCGGGCGGCCGCGGCCUCGGCAGGAGCGGCGCGGGCGCGUCGUCGAGGGACGUCGUCCUGUCGGGCUUCUACGACUCGGUGGGCCUCUACGACGCGCCCGCGCCCGGCCACGCGGCCGUCGCCGACGCCUGGGUCGACCGCCUCGGCAUCGGCGACCUCGUCUCCGACGAGCCGGGCUCCUUCGGGCGGCUGUCGCUGGGCCAGCAGAAGCUCGCGCUCCUCGCGCGCGCGCUCGUCAAAAGCCCGCGGCUCCUCGUGCUCGACGAGCCGACGCACGCGCUGUCGCGCAUGAGCCGCGGCCGGUUCCUUAGCGCGCUCGCGGCCGUGCGCGACGAGCCCGACGUCGCCGUCCUCUACGUGACGCACCGGCGCGACGAAAUCGCCGCGCUCGCCGUGGACCGCGUC